AUGUUUUGGCUAUUUUUAGCCCUUCAAUUAGUGAAUGCUUUAUGUUCGACAGUUACUAUUAAGGGCCAGUUAAGUUUAUCUCCCAGGAAUAUUACUAAUAAUGAUGUGGUAAGAUCGUUCUUUCGACUGUAUCAAGUUGGCAAUUUCACUGGAAGACCAUACGUAGAUAAUGCAAGUUUGAAGAAUUUGGAUGGUUAUUUUGAAUUUAAAGAUGUUCCAAUUUCUAGUGAAGAAAAUGGCAAAAGUUAUUACCAAAUGGUCUGCUCAUCUUUGGACUUUAAUUUGAAACCUAAUAGAAUACUGAUAGAAAUCACCAACAAUGGUAGUCAGGUACCGCCAACCAUCAAGGCUUUCCAGAAUGUUUUUGGUAGAGAGAAUUUCCCAUCUCCUGAACUCCUUUAUCCUGAACAAUUAGUAGAACUGCCUGCGGAUCCUUUUAUUGAAAUCACAUAUGUCCAAUCAGCCCCGCUAAGAAAUUAUAUAAUUCCAAGAAACCCAGGUAUGCUACAAAGCGGUCCGUUGGCUAGUAUUUUCAACUCGAAAUACAAGCUGGCAGGGUUGAUUACUGUAAUUUGUUUACUGUUAUUCCCAUUGCUGGUGGAAAAGUUUGAUCCUGAAACUGUGCAAGCUAUGAAGGAACAGAAGAUAAAUAAAGCUAAGGAGAGGUAUGGAAAAAGUGCAUGA